GCGGACCAGGUUCCAGCAGUCAAUCUUGCGCAGUCGUUGCGAACGGACGUCCACGACGCGCCGCUCUACAGAAAAGAGAACCGCAGAGAAGUGAAGAGAAGGAGAGAUUCGAUUCGAUUCGAUUCGUGAUCGCUGAGACGAGAAUAAAAGUGAAGAAUAAAUCGAAAAAGUGAAAAAAAAUAACGAACUAGAAAACACAGCAAAAUGGUGUUGAACGGAAUGACCAUUCCUAUGCCCAUGCCCGUGCCCGUGCCCGUGCCAGUGCCCAGUCCUCCGGCCACCAAAUCCCGUGUCCAGAUCGACUGGGACAUCAAUGACUCAAAGAUGCCGACGGUAGCGGAGUUUGACGAGUUCAACGACUGGGCGAAUGGCCACUGUCGCCUCAUCUACGGCCACCAGAGCGACGAGGCCCGGAAGCACGCCAGCGGCUGGGCCAUGCGCAACACCAACAACCACAACGUGAACAUCCUGAAGAAGAGCUGCCUCGGGGUGCUCCUCUGCAGCGCCAAGUGCAAGCUCCCCAACGGAGCCAGCGUCCACCUGCGGCCCGCCAUCUGCGACAAGGCGCGACGCAAGCAGCAGGGCAAACAGUGCCCCAAUAGAAACUGCAACGGACGGCUGGAGAUCCAGGCCUGCCGCGGCCACUGCGGCUACCCCGUCACGCACUUCUGGCGGCGGGACGGCAACGGCAUAUACUUCCAGGCGAAGGGCACCCACGACCAUCCGCGGCCCGAGGCCAAGGGCUCCACGGAGGCGCGUCGCCUGCUCGCCGGCGGCAGACGCGUCCGCAGCCUGGCCGUGAUGCUGGCACGGGAUGCGGCCCUCAGCGAUAAGCUCUGCAGCCUGCGGCCCAGCAAGCGACAGGCCAAGACACAGCUCCUCCAGGAGACGGGCAGCAAGCGGAAGAGGAUGGAGGUGCCGCAGGCGCCCAGUCAGGAGCUCCAGGGAGCCACAGCCACCACCGCCGCCUAUCUGUCCACAUGCACUCCCAUUCCCAGCUUGAAGUUCGACCAGCAGAGCGGCUAUCCGGCGGGCAAUGGCAGCCAGUGGUGUGGAGGGGAUCUGUGCACCACCUACGCAGGAAAGCAGGAGGCCGGAGCAGGCGCCUACGACAAUGGGAUGUACAACGGCUACAGCAUGUUGCACUCCCCGCUCUCCUCCCACAGCUCCACCGGCAGCUACUACCAGGAGAACCUCCAGCAGCACCAGCACCAGCAGCAGCAACAGCAUCAAGUGCAGUUGCAGCUUCCCUCCGUCCAGGAGACGAUGAAUGUCAACUACGAGCCCGCGAUGCCCGCCAGCUAUCCGUGUGGCAUGCCCCUGUACGAGAGCUGCGACGACACCUCCAGUCUCACAAGCAGCAGCGGCUACAGCUCCGAGGACUACAGCUACUUGAAUGGGUAUCAUCUGCCUGGAUCGGGAUCGGGACUGGGAUCUGGAUCCCUGGAUGUCAGCGGAGGAGCAGUCAGCGGCCACAAUCCCUCCGCCCAGGAUAGCUUCUAUACGACCAGCUCCGAGAUCUUCAGUGUCUUCGAGUCCACGCUGAACGAUGCGGGGGUGUUCUACGACGAGGCAGCCGCCUACCAGCAGACGAGCUACCACCAGCAGCAGCAACAGCAGCAGCACCAGCAGCAGGACGCAGCAGCGGACUACUACUACAGCAACACGGGAGUGGACAACGUGUGGAACAUACAGAUGGACGCCGCGAGUGCGUACCAUCCGAGCACAGCAGGAGCGGGAGCAGCGCCAACGGAUCCCAUCUAUUGCUAGGGGAUCCAUGGAUCCAUCUCCCACUGGAUCACCCACCCCCCACCAACUCAAGUGUUGUCCUUGUUCUAGUCUGUAAUUGAUUUCUAUCCACCAUUCGGUUCUGUUUGUUGGUUCUAUUAUUAUUAUUCUAUGAAGAUUGAAUGUUUUCUUAGUCACUUAGUCACUUGUUUCCUCCCCUCCCCCCAGAGCUACUCCAAAGUUUAGGCCUAAGUAUCUGCAUCUCUAAGUAUCUGCAUUCCGUGCAUAAGUAUCUCGUAGAUAUACCCGUAAAUAUUAUCGUAGCACAUUAAGGAUUAUCAAGCGACAUCGCCCACCUAUUUAUUGUAUUUGUACUCUCGUAUGAGCCUUUGCGUAGUAAUAAAACAAUUUUUGAGGAAACCCCAUC